CUUAUAAGGCAUGGCAGACUAUUGAGUAAUGGCUAUGGGUGGUUACAUUUUCAUUAUGCUGUAAGCUGACUGGAACAUACCCCCAGGCAGCUUUUCUCUCUGCCUUUGUUACAAGCCCUGAAACAAUACAAUUUUAGAGAAACAAGAUUAAACUACCAGCUGUGAAAAUGGGAGGUUCAGCUUCAAAGCAGUUUGCUACGGAUCUCUUAAAAGCUCACAAUGAGUAUAGACGGAGACAUGGCUGCCCCCCAAUAAAACUCGACAACAAAUUGAACCAUGAUGCACAACAGUAUGCAGAUGCACUGGCUACUACAAAGGUUCUCAAACAUAGCUCAGAAUCCAGUAGGGGAAAUUGUGGAGAAAAUCUAGCAUGGGCUUCGUAUGAUCAACAAGGACGGGAUGUAGCUGACAGAUGGUAUAGUGAAAUAAGAAAUUAUGACUUUAAGAGUCCAGGAUUUUCCCCUGAAUCAGGACAUUUUACAGCAAUGAUAUGGAAGAACACAAAGAAGAUGGGGGUUGGAAAGGCCUGUGCAAAUGAUGGUUCUUCCUAUGUGGUUGCCAGAUACUUCCCAGCUGGAAAUAUUGUCAGUCCUGGUUUCUUUGAAGAAAACAUCCCUCGUCCUGAAAAGAAGUGAUUUUGAAAAUGCAAACAUUAAUUGUGGACUGCAGAGUGUAACAGUAAAAUGCCUAUGAAAUCUAAAGCUUGAUGCCCAUGUUUACCUGUCGUUUUGACAGCACACACUCUAAUACACAUUAUGAGUGUGAAUUGACUUAAGAAGGCUUAAAAUAAGCAUUUAAUGAUCUGGUACAGCUCCUUGGACCAUCUCAUUAUGUGAACUUUGCAUAAAAGAAAAGAAGUUAUCAUUUCUUGUAACUUUUUUUUUAAAAAGCAAAUUGUAUAUUUUCCUCCUAUACCAUGUCUAGAACUCUGUUUUCUAAAUUUCUAUUAUUUCAAAACAACUGAAAUGUUACAUUUAUCUUUAUGCAUUGUAGUUGGUAUUAUUAUGAAUAUUCAAAAUGACAAAAACCAAAUACCUUAUGAUUUAUUCCUUUUAACUGAAAUCAAUUUUUGGUUUUAAAAUUAUAAAAACAUUGCAAUGUGAAUUUAUCAUCUUUGUAAAAGUUGUUAUGAUCCAUAAGCUAAUUGCAUUCCAUUGUGACUUUAAAGAUGCUAAAUCUAUGGCAACCUUCACUUCUUCUUACACCUCCUAAUUUUUUAAAAAGAAAAAUAUUUUAUAUUUCAGAACACCAUCAAGUUGGGCACAAUGUAGUACGGACGCUGGAUUUGGGUGAUUCCUGCGUUCGUGGCUAAAACUAUCUUAUCAGCCUAUAUAUUGGCUUUAAUACUUUAAUAUUUCCAGGCUGCACACCCCCUUCUUUGACACAGAUUACAACCCAUCUGUGACAUAGUGGACAGUCUCCGUGAGUUUCUCUGCCUUCAGAAUUUAUACUCGACCAGUCUUUUAUUUAUAAGCCACUUCCCGUCUAGCGAGGCUGGGCUCGGAUAGUACAGAUGUGGGCUACAUCUCCUUGCUCCAGAACCCAAACUCACCGAAGUGCCCGUGUAUCAGAGUAAGACUUUAGUGAAUGACUAAUAUGUAUACAAAUGUAUGUGUGUAUGUGUGCAGGCGUGUAGCAUGAAACUUUAAGAAGCGCUCUUUUUCCCUGUCCACGAUCUCCUAUUUCCCUGAGCUUGACUGUGACCUUAGACCAGCCUUCUUAGCACAGACUCGGAUGAGCUCAGUGGGAUUUGAAGGAUUAUAAACUGUCUCCUUGUUCCGGCCCCUGAUGUAAGCUAUCUCAAAGCAGGAAAUGAGCAAAAAGCAGUACUUCUGUAGUAUUACAGAUGUGCUAAUAUGCCUCCCAGAAUUACGUCAAACACACAUAACUUAAAGGUCCUAAUAAAAGCCGUGUGUCCUUGAAAGAUUUUAGCAUAAACAAUCCUGUGUUCUUUAGUCUGUUUCAGUAUUUAUAUUUGUGAAGUAUCUGCCUUAAGGUUAAAAUAUAUGUGCAUUUAUUGAGCAUCACAAACAUUGUAGCUAAUUAAUUAAAAAGAGCAUUCCCCAAGAGUAUAUAUUCUAGAAAUUGGUCUUGUCUAUUUCAGUCAUCUCUCCUUUGAAAAACCAGCUGUAGAAUUUGAGAUUGGUGUUUUACAAGUUCCAACUUAGAGUAAGUUUGAGUAGAAACCAAUUCAAUCUGCAGUGUUCCAAUGUCUUACAUUGUCAAAAUUGUUUGUUUUUUUAACGCUAAUUUUUAUUCCUAAUGUAAUCCAGGGAUUUAAUGUUAUGGAGAACAUCAGAAAAUAAACCAUAUUUUUCAUAUAAUACAUUAUUCUGAA